AUGGUUUUUACCAAGAAACCCGUGCCGUCGUCAGUCAGGGCGACCGCACGUACGACACACACUUUCCCCGAGCAACUCGCCCUGAUUCUGCAAAAUGCGCUAGACAGAGUCAAGUCAGUCAGCAACGACGUACUUUCUGUCAGUAAGAAGCGGACAGUUCUGGAAGAAACCGAGUACGAAGACGAGGAGAGCCUGGAAGGCGCCCUCAAACAGGAACUCAUGCUACAGUCUAUGGAGAUGCUGCGAGUGUGCCGUCCGCGUGUCGUAUUGCUAGGAUGGGCCAAGCAUGACCGAGUCGCUUUGGCGAAGCCGUCUGUUGAACGGAGGGUGGAGUCCUUUGAGAAGCUUGUCAAGGACGUCUUGCGGCUGCCAAACCACUUCCUGGACGGCAUGAAGCGCAAGAAGCGUAUGUUGGAGGAGCUGCCGGUUGCACCUCCCCUCAAGCUGCGUCAGCCCACCGCGGCAGAGCUGGCUAUGCAGCAAGAGGCCGACCAGCGUACCCAGACUCUCGAGUGUCGUCUUGACCCUAUCCUCACUGAACCGAAGCGUAAGUCCGAGCGCUUUAUGAAACUACCGGCCGCGUUACUCUCUUCACUGUCGUCCCCUACUACAUUGCGCGCAAGGACUGCCCGCCUGACCCCCAGCUACCCCAUGAUCCUCGGCAAGAAGAAUCUCGUCAUUCUUGGAAGCGGCUGGAGCGCGAUCAGCUUGCUGAGCUCGCAUGAUGCGGAGGACUGCAAUAUCCCCGCGCAACUACUUUCUGUUCACCCCCGCUUCUCUCCAGUAUCGUUACUGGAACGCUCAGUCCCCGCCCCAUUAUUCAGCAGCGAGGAGGAGGUUGAUCGUCUUCUGCACAUGGUGCGCGCACCAGAUUUCCUGCACGAUUUUGUUUUGACACUUCUAUGGCCUGCGCCCGUGAUACCCGAGCUGGCGGACAGCACCAAAAUUACGCUUGUCGAGACGCUGCCAUCCGUGCUACCCACGCUCAGCAAGCAGCUGAUCGACUACACUGAAAGCACCUUCAAGGCGGCCAAGAUUGACGUCAUGACCAGGACGGCGGUCAAGGAGUUCAAGGAGAAGAGCGUCGUCGUCUGGACCGCCAGCAACACGCUCCGCCAGGUGACGCGCGAGCUGAUGGCGAAGCUGCCCGCGGAGCAGACGAAUCGGUGUGGGGUCACCGUCGACGAGCCGCUCCGGAUGAACGUCUUUGGCAAGAUCUUAUUGUCGACUAGGCCCUGCUCGGUUCCGACUUUGCCAUUUACUACGAACGGCUUCUCAGCGCACUUCCAGCAGAAGAUCUUUACUUGUGCCGAUCGGCUAGUACAGAGCGCAGAAAGAUAUUACCUCGAUGGCGAAGUCGAAUGCUCUGCGAGGCUUCUUUCGCGGUGA